AUGAUCGAGUACAGCGAAGAUUGGUUGAUCACCACGCUCUUCCGACUACAAGGCUCAGUGGCCCCGAGGGCCUGUUAUUUCGCCAUCCCCACCGGGCUGGUGGCCUUAUUCCUGGCCUAUUCGGAUAGAUUGAUCCCAGACUUCCGUGAAAAAUCUGGGAUCUUGGAAGCGCAACAGAGUCAGCUGUGGCAAGCAGCCACUGGGGUGCUCUUCAGCCUUUUGAUCUUUCGGAUUAACCGCGCCAUGGCGCGCUUCUGGGAAGGCACUGGACUGUUGCACCAGAUGCGUGGUGAAUGGUUUGACUCCGUGAGUUGUUGUGUCACCUUCACUCGAGCAGGCAUCAAAGAUCGAGAGAAAGACACCAUGGCCUUUCGUCAUACGAUCGUGCGCCUGAUGAGUCUCUGCCACGGCACGGCUCUCAAGGAGAUCGGCGGGGAGGAUGCCACGGACUGUGAAACCAUCGAUCCUCAAGGAUUGGACAAUGGGACGUUGCAUCACCUGCAAACCUGCAGCGAGCAUGGCUUUAAUCGGGUCGAAGUAUUGCUUCAUCUCAUCCAGUCCUUGAUUACGCAAAGCCUGGACGACGGCAUCAUCCGCGUCCCUGCGCCUAUCAUCUCGCGCGUGUACCAGACCCUGUCGAGAGGCUUUGUCAAUCUGCUGAAUGCCAAGAAGAUUGCGGACACACGCUUUCCCUUUCCUUUUGCUCAGCUCAUCUCUCUUCUGCUCUUCGCCAAUAUUUUUCUCACACCUAUCUUGGUGACCAGCAUCUUCACUCAACCCGCACUGUGCGUCAUCUUCAGCGUCAUUCCCAUUUUCGGAAUGUCCUGCUUGAACUUCAUCGGUGUGGAGUUGGAGAAUCCUUUCGGCCAAGAUGACAAUGACCUGCCGCUGGACCAUUUCCAAGGCGAAAUGAACAAUUGUCUCCUCAUGCUGCUCCACAGCAGUGCUGAUUUGUUGCCGGAUGUGGAUGCCUUGAGAUGUAUGACCGAUGUGGAUGAGAUUCGAGAGAUCAUGAUGGAGGAAAGAGAACUGGACCCCUCCUUUCCCAGCAAACCAUCGUCUCCUAAAUCCACCGGGUCCACCUCGUUGCCACCGCCCAAGCCGCGGCCGCCCAAACGGACGUUGUCCUCGACCCUGGAACGGGGCUCGUCCUUGGACACGAUCGGAAAUGAGUCGCCAGUGGAGGACAGCAACUUGCUGGCGGCGCUUCCCAGCUCUCCUACCGGAUGCUCGGAACAUUCGCAAGGAAGUCAAGCCAUCAAGGAGAAGCCCAAGAGAUUGAGCCACAUCCUCCGUGCAGAUAAACUGCAGAACGAGGAACAGGUGAAGCAGGAAGCGAUGAUGCAAGGCCUUGAGAGGAUGAUCUUGAACUUGCAGAGUAUCAAGACAGCCGUGGAGGAACAAGCCAAGAAGGUGAGCGAAAGUACUCAAGCGAUGUCUGAGUUUUGCAUUCACCUCGAUGAGAUGAUGCACCAGCAACGGCCACUGCGGACGGAGGUGUUGCAGGCUGAGCUCCAUCGUGCCCAUCGGUUGAUCGAAGGGUACAAUUCAUUGCUGGUGCGGGACGACAGCCGGUCCAGUCCGGCCAUCUUCACUGGGGAAAGGAAAGCGGAAGUAGAGGAUGGGUGGGUUGCUGCAAGUCCUGAUUAUGAACUUGAAGUUUUAGAUUUGAACAAUCGACAACAUGUGAUCCUAGGCAGAAGAAGUUUGUUCCCAGCACACUUGGUGGCAUCGGUGUAUGCCUUUGAUCCAAUUUCUCGGGCAGACUUGCAGAGGCUGAAGCGUCAAGCCAGUACCAUGGCCAUAGUGAUUGGUGAUCGAGACCCCGAAGACAUCCAAGCACAGACCUGGGUUUACUCUGACACAUCCUCUCCCAGGCUUGGCACCCCUGUUCCUUUGGAGCUUCUGGAGGUUCCAGACGUGGACUUGAAAGACUACGCUGAAAAGCGCAAGGGAUUCCUUGGAGACUCCAGAGUGAUUGGCAAGCAUGUUGAUGCGCAGAACAAACGCUUCAUCACUCUAGCUGAUGCCAUGACUAUCAUGACGCAGGUGGAGUUGAGUGACUGGGGGUUCAAAGGGCCACGAUCUGUUGCCGAAUAUCUCACAUCCAUCCGGGAAAGUGGAGUUGAUUUGCCAUCUUAUCAUUUGCAAUGGGUUAAGACCUCUGGUGUUAAUCCAAAGACAUCUCUGGUGCAUGAACAUCGCAACUUGGUGGAGAUCCUUCGAUUGGCCAUUUGCCGUGACCAGUUGAAUCCUAUGAAUUGCAUGAGCUUCGAGUUGGUUACAAGACGAUUGAUUCAGCUCGAGAUCGCCGUGAGUCGUUCCCCAUCAAAUCCGGAGUUUGUGGGACUGGAUGUUCUCAUGGAGAACCCCAUCGAAGAGUCUGGGGCGGCUUCUAUGAAGGCUAUGGACACCUGGCUCACUGAUCAGCUCAAAGCUCGUGCGCAGAUUCAGAAACAGUCGGGGCUGUACCGGGAGGAGAUGAGCCACCACCAGAGAGACAAGGGCUAUGGCAAUGAAGAUGGAUCGUCGUGGAAGAAGAAGGGCAAGGGCAAAGCAAAGGCCAAAAGUGGCGCUAGCUCAAGUGGAGCCGGACCUUUGACAAGCAGGCAGCCGUGGGCACAAUAUCGUGCGCAUGGUGACCCACUACCACUUGGGCCGGAUUGGAUUGCCUCUGGUGCGGAACAACUGGAAGUGCCUUUUCCACAGCGAGGUGCAUGGACAGCUCAAGCUUUGAACACCCUCGCUUUGCAUGAUUCAAAUUCAAAUUUUGAUACCAUUCUCCGUGAUAUACCUCCGACUGAAACUCAGAAGCAAGUGGCUGACCGCAUCUGGAAAUGUCUAGAGGAAGCGGAAGAGCCACCGGCAGGCCUUGAUGGGCCGGCUGCUCUUGCUAGUUUGUCGGAUGGGAAGUGCCUCUACAAUGAGGAGCCGAGCAACUUAGCAAACUAUGACUAUGACAAGCUGAAAGUGCUCCACACCACCUUGAAGCCGCGUCGGCUUGCAGAGGUGUUGCCACAACAUGCCAGAAGUGCCUUGCAGAGGUACCAGACCCUCAUUGAGAAAAGUGCUAGUGAACUCAGUGCUGAGGAACCUUGCUCGAUCAAACCGUACUGGGAUCCAAAGCUUAGAAGCUCUGACUCAGCCUUGACUCGAUUGAUUGUUGGUCUAGCAAAUCAAGGGUUGGUGACUUUUCGCACAGCUAUCAAGGAACGGAUUGGCAUCUUUUGCGUGAAGAAAAAGACACCAGAUUGGAUCAGGCUGAUUAUCGACAAUCGGAGGGUUAAUGCAAGAGUCUAUGUGGACAAUAUCAGCAUCAUUGGGUGCGACGCAGAACAAGUUCAAGAAGUGGCAGACCGUAGUCGAGCAGAAGUCAUCCGAGCUUUGGAUGAGCUGGAGAGCGACUGGUCUGAGAUUCAUCAGAGGCCACAGGAGGUCCGGGCGGUGGUGCCGUUUGGCGCGGGUUUGAAGACCCGUUAUGCGGAUUGGUUGAUUGAAGCUGCUAGGGAUGAGAGCUCAUGGUUGCGGACUAGUUCAAUCCGAACACAACUGAAAGCGAAACCUAGAAAGAAACUGGAGAUGGAGACACCAACCAUGGUCAUGCCUAUACCUGAUACUUUAUGUCGUAGGGAGCGAUAUAGCUUGUUGUGGCGAAAGAGAUGGAACAAUUCACACAGACAUAUCAAUGAGAAAGAAGCACAGGUGUGUCUCUCUUCCUUGCGACGCACAGCUCGCGUGAAGAAACUACAUGGCAAAGUCAAGGUGACUCUGACAGAUCACUUGUCAUGUUUGUGCGCUUUGGAGAGGGGCAGAGCGAGUUCCUAUGGACUGAACAAGAUUUGUAGGACAGCCUGUGCUUACCAGUUGAGUUGUGGCAUUAGAUGGCGGUUGCGUCAUGUGGAGACAAUGCGGAAUCCAGCAGAUGAGGAUUCACGUUUUCAUGAAAACAAACAGAAGCCUAGCAAACUUAUUUUGAACAACAAAACUCAGCAUGUGAAUACAGUUGGGGGCAGUGUUGAAGUGCCGGGAGGUGAACAUGGUGAGGAGGCUUUGAGGGUCUCCGCGCAUGAUAGCGAAUGUACUCCAUCCCGACCUUCCAAACCCCCUGUCAGGCAAAGCAAGAUCCGCGGUGGUGCCUUCCUGGAGAUUUUUGCUGGAACUGCCCGGCUAAGCGACGAGAUGCGGCGACAACGGCGGGCUACACUGCAACCAAUAGAUUGCCGUUUUGGGCAACACCACGAUCUCAGGUCCCUCUUCCAGCAGUUCUCCAAAGUCCAACCGGAGGGGUUGGAAGCCAUCAUCUUUGGCCAGCACACCAAUGAAGAAGCAGUCCGGCGGAAAAGACGGCAAUCGAGAAAAGUCAAGGAGCAACCCAUCCAAAGCGUCCUUGGCGGCCAGCAUUCGACAGAAACUGCCUAG